CAAUAAGUUAAGCCGGCAGAAGAGCUUAGCUUUCCAAAUAACAACAUCAGAAUCGAAACAGAACUCAGAUUAAAGUGUAGAUUAUUCAGUGCAGAUUUCCGGAGAAUGCAAGUGUUUUUAGUGCUAGUGCUGCUGGCGGGCCUGGCGAUGUCAGGUCAGGCCACUAACCCGCCGCGCUGGGAUGCCAACUACAUUGUGAAGGGCACCCUGUACAUACCAUAUGCCGAGAUUGCGGAGCCAUUUUACGCUUGGUAUGAUAAGAACACCAAGCGAUCCCGCAUCGACUACUAUGGGGGAAUGGUGAAGACGUACCAGCUGGCGGGGGAGGGCGAUUACGGUACACUGCUGAAGCUGGCGCCCAUCACCACGCAUGAGGAGAUGAACAAGCUGACCUGCCUGCAGGUCAACGGCACAUCCGACCAGAAGGUGGAGAUUCAGAGCAUUCUGCCCGACGCCAAGCCCUUCCAGCUGAUCGGCACCGAGACCUUCCUGGGCUUCACCUGCGAUAAGUUCCGCCUGGAGGAGACCAUCGGCCAGAAGAAGAACGUGUACACACUGUGGGUGCGCUACAAGAAGUCGCCCCACUACCCGGCCAGCCGCAUGCCCAUCCCCGUGCGCUACGAGAUGCGCGGCUACAACACGCUCCUGGGCUCCCACUACGAUCACUACUACCUCGACUACGACAGCUACGAGCACGACGAUAUCCCCAACGAGGUGUUCGAGAUCGACGAGAGCUUGACGUGCGUGGGCUUCCCCGGGCCGGGCACUGGCCAUUAUGCCACCUUCAAUCCGAUGCAAGAGUUUAUGUCACCUACCGAUGAGCACGUGGAGAGGGCCUUCCACCACUUUAAGCACAAGCACGGCAUGAGCUACCGCACUGAGAAGGAGCACGAGCACAGGAAGAACAUCUUCCGCCAGAACCUGCGCUACAUUCACUCGAAGAACCGCGCUAAGCUGCCCUACACGCUGGCCGUCAAUCAUUUGGCCGACAAGACCGAGGAGGAGCUGAAGGCCAGACGCGGCUACAAAUCCUCUGGCGGCUACAACACAGGCAAGCCCUUCCCCUACGAUGUGUCGAAGCACCGGGAUGAGAUUCCCGACCAGUACGAUUGGCGUCUGUUCGGUGCUGUUACCCCAGUCAAAGACCAAUCGGUGUGCGGAUCUUGCUGGUCCUUUGGCACCAUUGGCCAUUUGGAGGGCGCCUUCUUUCUCAAGAACGGUGGCAAUUUGGUGCGUCUCUCGCAGCAGGCAUUGAUCGAUUGCUCCUGGCCCUUUGGCAACAAUGGCUGCGAUGGCGGUGAGGACUUCCGUGUAUAUCAGUGGAUGAUGCAGGUGGGCGGCGUACCCACCGAGGAGGAGUACGGACCGUAUCUCGGACAGGACGGCUACUGUCGCAUCAACAACGUCACCCUUGUGGCGCCCAUCAAGGGCUUUGUGAAUGUCACCUCCAAUGAUCCGAAUGCCUUCAAGCUGGCCCUCCUGAAGCACGGACCCCUCUCCGUGGCCAUUGAUGCCUCACCAAAGACCUUCAGCUUUUACUCGAACGGCGUGUACUACGAGCCGGAGUGCAAGAACGAUGUGGAUGGCCUGGAUCAUGCCGUUUUGGCCGUGGGCUUCGGCACCAUCAAGGGCGAGGACUACUGGCUGGUGAAGAACUCUUGGUCCACCUAUUGGGGCAACGAUGGUUACAUCCUGAUGUCAGCACGCAAGAACAAUUGCGGCGUAAUGACCAUGCCCACUUAUGUGGAGAUGUAGAACGCUUCUCGCAUCGCUCGAUUAUAUUUUUGCUUUGUAUCUUUA